ACCGCAAAGGGUGACGAGACCGUGCUGUAGGGAAUCUCUCGAGUGUAUUGUUUGGCCAUCAAUGGAGACGUUUGUCUUAUUCGGACCCCGGAGAACGGCAUCGCACCUCCCCGUGCUACCAUACCGUGGAAAUGUGUGCUUAUACGACAUGGAAUGCUGAGUGAAACCGGCAGCCCCUGAGGAGCUGAGAAACGCAAGUAUGACGUGCGUCUUCGAGGCCAGGAACCACGAGAAGCUGAACAGAGCUCUUCUCAGCGGUCGGAAUCGUUUUCGGUGUUUCGAUGUCUCCCAGAAUUUCAUCGGAGCGGGAAGUUCGUCCGGAGACGUUUUCCUCUUCGAGCGGGAUUCUCAACAGCUGAUUCGAAGAAUACCCGCAGCCUCAGCGAAAAUCGAUCGAAUCGCUUUCAACCCGGCUGUCGACAGCAUUCUGUGCAUCGCCACGAAUCGAGGAGAACUGACUGUCCUGGAGGUCCGAGAGAGCGAAAACAGCUCGAAAGACGCUCAAGUUCUUUUCUCCGUUCAAUCGCAUCUCAAGAAUCUGGUCACUCAACUGGUUUGGAGCUCCACGGGCGCUCAGCUGAUCGCGGGGGACAACGCCGGUGUCGUGAGCAUAACCGACGUGUAUUCGUUGAACGACGCGGUACUUUUUGAGUUUUCGCCAACGAACGCUCUCGCUCUGGACAGCGAUAUUGUUCAAAUCGAUGCCGCGUCCGACAGAAUUCUCAUAUCGACGCUGACGGCAGCCUAUCUCUUCGACCUGGACGAGCGUUAUUUCACGAAAGUAGGCAAGAAACCGCGCAAUGGAGUAUACGGAGCUUGUUUCUUCAGCCUAGAGGACGCUCAGGAAAGCGACCAGGGAACCCGACUGGAAAUCUUCUGCGCUCGACCAGGAGGACGGCUCUGGAGAGUCAACCCGUUCGGUGAGGUUGAAUGCACCUUGAAUUUCAAGCAUGAGGGAUCCACCUCGAUAGAUCAUUCGAGUGUUUCUCUUCUCGGCAACUGGCGAGUCGAAGGGCUUUUCACGCAAAAAGUGAAUUUCGGGAAGCUCGUGCAUUUCGAGCAGUGGCUACUGAGCUUCACGGAAACCGCGCUCUUUGUUCUCGACGUUUGUAGCUCGGAAGUGCCUCGGGUCGUUUGGCAGUCUACGGAGUUAAAAGACUCUCUGAUCGAUGUUUCCGUUUUCGAUGACUCCAUAUUCCUGACCCUGAGGGACGGAACAUUGCUCGAGUGGCAGAUAGCUCUGACGUUCGAUUGGAAAAUCAUGUACAUGCUUCCUACUCCGGCUCAGCGUCUCGCCGUGACUUGCAGGAAUUGGACAGAGAAGCACUUCGAGUGCCUUGACAUAAUACGACGCCGAGAAUCCUUGGGCAAGGAAGUUUCGUGUCGGAGUUCAGAGUGGCGGAUGAUUCCUUCUGGAUCGAAGGGACCGAUUUAUCUGAGCGUACCUAUUCUGUUGACGCUCCUUCGAUACUACGAAGGUAUCCUAUUGAGUACGAACCCGAGGAACUUUUGGGCGGACAAACUCGUUUACAUUCUGCCCCCCGAAGUGCUCCAGCCGCAGGCAGUCGCUGCCCCUCAAAAAAAAGCCAGUGGCAACCCUGAAGCUCCGGAUCCUCCUUCAGCAGAGAAGGAAAUUCAGGUCACUCGGGAAAAGCACAGAAAACUGCUUUGUGACAUAAUCUCUCGCCGUCAGAAAGAGAUCGCUGACUUCAUGCUUGUGGAACUCAGUGCCUCCCUAUGGGCUCCGCGGGCUGUGCAGGAGAAACAUUCGAUUGACCAGCCCCUCGUCGCGUGGGGAAUGAGGAUGAGCUUCGUUGAUUGCUGUGAUUCGUGCGGAGAGAGCUUGGUCGUGGAAGGCUUCGAUGAAGACUUACAAAUUCAUUUUUGUGGUCACAAAUUCCAUCUUACUUGCAACCCCACCAAUAGGUUGUGUUGCAUAUGCAUGCAAAUGUGACUCCCUGAGGAGGAGCCGAAAUCCCGUAUGUGUACGCAGUCUAGAGAUGUCGUAACUUAUAUCAUCGAUUCGUACAAUAAAA